AAUUGCCCACCCAUAUUCCCCGUUGCCACUAGCAGCGAAGGAGCAGCGGCACCACCUCGCACACGCGCGCGCGCACUCCCUCCUACCACUCUCAAAUAAGUUACCCUUUCAAUAUUUCUCACUUACGAGAAGACUCAUCAGAAGCAUCCAAAAGGCAAGGCUACGCCACACAUACCAUUUUAAAUUCUAGUAGUAGAUCGAAGGAAUUUAUACCACCAAAAAGUUUUCGGAGGUCGUGUUUGUGUUUUUAGGCGCUAGCUUAUAGCAAGAUUUGGAAUCCCCACCUACACACGAAUACCAGCGACUUUCUUUCUCCUCCUUUAUUUAUAUCCAUGAAGAUCAAGAACAGCCAGUUGAGGCUUAUUCAGGGUGCAUCUUCUCAUAAUCUGGAGCCUCUUCCUCACACUACCAGCAUAGUGUUGCUUCAACAUGGCAGCAGCGGCCUCGUAUUUACUCGGUAGACUUAGCAACGACAGCAUUAGUAUCAAUAACAUCACCAUUGACAAUAGCGGUGGCAGCUGCAGCAACAUCGACAACGCCAGUACUGCUUCAUUGACAAGUGCCUCCUUGCUUACCAACGGCGGCAACCAAGCAACGACAAUACCAGUAGUAGAAGCAGCAACUGGAAGGAUGGUGAGGAAGAGGAUGGCUUCGGAGAUGAUGGAAGUGCAAUCAACAAUGACUCCUCUAAAUCAGAGGUUAUCUCGUGGUAACACCAACGUCUAUUCACUUUCAAUAUCAGACAACAAUAAUGAUGAUAUUAUUGGUAUGACUAGAGGUAUCGGUGCCUCUUCUUUUACUAGUUGUUCUAACAACAAUAUUAACCCUAAUAACCUCAACCCAAUCUUAUAUCCACUCCUCAACUACUCCACUAUGACUUCUAUGUUACCUUCUUCCACGAACUUGACAGCUAUUACAUCAGCCGGGUCUGCUUCUGUGUCCGUUUCUGGGUUUUUAUCCUCUACGCCAUCGACCAACUUAGCCACUAGCUGUAAUGACAACCAAUCCCAACUCCCAGCCGUAUGUGGUUUCUCUGGUCUGCCCUUGUUCCCUCCUGAAAGAGAAAGAAACAUUGUCCGUUCGAACGCCGUCCCUCCACCCGGCCUUAUCACUACCAGCUCUGCUUCUACCCCUACGCCUCCUUCUAUGGAAGAUGCCGCACCCGCCACUGCCUGGAUUGAUGGCAUCAUAAAGGACCUGCUCCACAGUUCCACCAACGUGUCCGUUCCUCAGCUCAUUCAGAAUGUGAGGGAUAUUAUCUACCCUUGCAACCCCAAUCUAGCCUCCCUUCUCGAGUACAGGCUCCGGUCCCUGACAGACCCGAUAAUCCCGGCCAAUAUUUACCCGGUGGAGAGGAGAAGGAAUAAGGAGGCGGCAGCAGUGCCGUUGCCGUUUCAGAGGAAUUAUAAUCAAGGGCAUGCCCCUUCCGGCCUCUCUCUUGAUCUUGAUCACGUCUCCAAUUCCGCUCCUCCAGUUUCUUCACAUGUUGUAAGUCACUACUCUAACUGGGGGCCGACGCCACCUCUCAUUUGCCAACCAAACAUCCAACAGCAACACCAGCAGCCACAAGUCCACCUUGUUCAUGAUCAGCAACAGCAAGAGAGUCCAUCUUCAACUUCCAAUGUUACACCAACUAUUCUAGCAUUAAAUCAAGGGCAUCCUCCACAACAAGCACAAGAUCAGCAGCAGGAAAAAUCAUCAUCUGCGGAGACACAAGUAGCCAGUAGCACACCUCCUCCCUCUUCAUCAGUAGCUGCCAGCCGAGAUAAGAAAGAGGAGAUGCGGCAGCAAAAGAGAAACGAAGAAGGCUUGCACCUUCUGACCUUGCUCCUCCAAUGCGCGGAGGCUGUCUCAGCUGAUAAUUUUGAGGAAGCUAACAAGAUGCUACUUGAAAUCUCGGAGCUGUCCACGCCUUUUGGAACUUCAGCGCAGCGUGUGGCUGCGUACUUCUCGGAGGCUAUGUCAGCGAGGUUGGUCAGCUCAUGCUUGGGGAUAUACGCGACGCUUCCUUCAAUGCCUCAAAGCCAUACCCAGAAGAUGGCUUCGGCCUUUCAGGUGUUCAAUGGAAUUAGCCCUUUUGUCAAGUUCUCUCAUUUCACAGCAAACCAAGCGAUUCAAGAAGCGUUUGAAAGGGAAGAUAGAGUUCACAUCAUAGAUCUGGACAUCAUGCAAGGUUUGCAGUGGCCUGGCCUAUUUCAUAUCCUAGCAUCUAGGCCCGGUGGACCACCAUAUGUCCGCUUGACGGGGCUGGGGACUUCCUCGGAGGCUCUUGAAGCAACUGGGAAACGUUUGUCUGACUUUGCAAACAAACUGGGACUUCCCUUCGAGUUCAUUCCAGUGGCCGAAAAAGUUGGAAAUUUGAACCCAGAGAGGCUUAAUGUUAGCAAGAGUGAGGCUGUUGCCGUCCACUGGUUGCAACACUCGCUCUACGAUGUCACUGGUUCCGAUACGAAUAUGCUUUAUCUGCUGCAAAGGUUGGCACCAAAAGUAGUGACAGUGGUAGAACAGGACCUGAGCCACGCGGGAUCCUUCCUGGGAAGGUUUGUGGAGGCCGUACAUUACUACUCCGCACUGUUCGACUCAUUGGGAGCAAGCUACGGGGAAGAGAGCGAGGAGAGGCAUGUAGUGGAACAGCAGUUGCUAUCGAGAGAGAUACGCAAUGUAUUGGCUGUGGGAGGGCCUUCCAGAAGUGGGGAUGUCAAGUUCCACAACUGGAGGGAAAAGCUUCAACAGUCUGGGUUCAAAUGCAUCUCUCUUGCUGGAAAUGCUGCUAACCAGGCCAAUUUGCUACUUGGCAUGUUUCCCUCUGAUGGUUAUACAUUAGCAGAGGAUAAGGGCACCCUCAAGCUUGGGUGGAAAGACCUUUGCUUGCUCACCGCUUCAGCCUGGAGACCUUUCCAUGUUAGCAUUGAAACUGCUACUACCACCAUCAACCACCACCACCACCACCACCGCUUUGUCACAGCCUAGCCAUAGCUGGUCUUGGUUGCCUACUUUUCGAUGUUGUUACCAUAGAGCAUGAAUUAAAAGCCCUCCUUUUCGUUUCCAUCCCAUUGGUUCACUUAGGGGAUUUGUGUUUUGUCUAUUUUUUUUCCUUUCUUUCUUUCUAUCCCUUUUCCUUUCUUUGGACUAUGGAUAUAAGAGUUUGCAAAGUUUUUAUUAGUCAUGUAAAGCAAAUGCAUUUUUUCCCCCAUCAA